AUGUCGCGCAAGACCCUCACCGUGCCCACCAAUGCGGCCCUGCCGCACAUCCAGCGCCUGCCCGCCGACAGCCCGGACGUCGCCAAAACCCUGUCCCGCCUCAGCCGCCAGUCGCUUCUCGAGCUAGUUCUGGAAUGGCUAGACAAGAAGAACCGCGACUUCUGUGAGCCUUAUCUGGCACAUGCGUCCGAUGACGAUGAGGACGACGAGUCGCCGUACACUCCUGCGACGUCCGAGGAGGAGAUCGUGGAGGUGUACAAGGAGCUCAGGGCGCGCAAGGGCGGCAAGCGCGAGGUUGUCGAUAGGAUCGUUGAAGGCGAUUGGAGGCAUGGCAUCACGCUGUACCAGCUGGCCAUGGCCGAGACGCGCUAUCUUCUGGACCAUCCGAAUUCCCUGCGCUGGAAUGCGCUGCAGCUCUCCAAGGUCACCGGCUCUGGAGGCUCAUCCGCCGACGGCAACAUCGAGGUAAUCGAUGAGAGUACUGCUACCAGCCUGCCUCGCUUCAAUGCGACGACUUUCGUCUUGAACCUACAGAAGGAAGUGGCACCUGUCACCAGGGCUCACUACUACAUUACCCGCGUCAAAGCCUUCGGCAUCUCCCUACUGCGUGUGCAUAUUCAUGACUCUCCCUACAAUCAUGCGCUCCCUGGAUCAGCCCCCAGCGGUUCUGAAGGGUCCAAAUCUGUAUUCUUGGUCUUUCCCGACGGCUCGCCCUACGUGUAUGUCUCGCUAGCUACGAAUUUGGGCCAGACCGUGGGAGUAGAAGGCCGCAGUCUUAGGAAAGUCGUUGUUGAUGCCGUUCCGAAGGCGCUUUCACGCCCCCAUAGCCGCUACGCCCUGACUACGACGUCGCUAUCCUCACGUUCACUCUCCACUCUCCUCUCUUUGCGCGGUCCCGGUCGUAGCAACGCUGCCCCUGCAGGUUGGUCUAUCUUUGCGGAAAAUAGCUUUGGUCAUGAUGCACUUGAUUAUGAUGCUCGAGUGAAUCGUCGGCAGUCUUCCAAUGGUAAAGCCGAAGAUUCUACGGAAGGAACAUUCAAUAGUACACCCCUUGGCGGCGGCAAAAGAGGCCGGGUACAAAAAGAUGAUGCGGCAGCAAAGAGGAGAAAGUCGGUUGCAGAAGCUCGAUUCGGCCCUUCUGCAAAGGAAAGCGACGGGAAGGGUCUUGAGCGCCUGGACAUACGUAUGGAGGACCCAUUCCCGUCCACAAGUCAACCUCAAACCGACGAAGAGUCGUGGACACCGGAUGUGCACCUCAGUUUUCAAGGCUCACAUGUCUUUGCCGGUGUGCGGCAAUUAGUUGAACAAGGCAUAAUAGACGGGGAAAAAAUGCCUGGCUGGAUGGCAGGCGAUGCAGGCGUUAGCGUUGGCGCAGUCAAGGAGGGGAGAGUGCGAGAAAAGGCUUGA